UUAGAUCAGUUUUUGUCGAGAUUGCCGCCGAGUAGUGCUUGUGUUGUGUUUAAAACAAAUAUGACGAGUGAAAUUGAAUAUCAAAAAAUUCAAAAUAUAUCAAGACUUACCUAUGACAUAACUUCCAAUAAAAUAUAAUCAGGAAAUUCUAGUGCGUGCAAAUGUAUAAUUCAUUACAAUCUUGUAAAUCAUUUACGCCAGUAGAACUAAACUUAUAUUCGGUAAUUUUAAAAUUAAUUGAGCAUGUCAAGUUACUGAAACUCGGGCAUCCAAUGCAGUAGUCGACCGACUUUUCUACCGAUGUCAGGACUUUAAUAAGCAAAUACUUUAAAUAAAUACGAAGAACUUGAAAAAAAUGACGGUAUCAGAAAGAAAAUUAUCACACAAGCAACUAGUGAAGUUAUUUGUGAGAAAUCUAAAGAAAAACACUCUAGCUCUAAAAGAGCUAAAGCUGACAAUCGAUAAGAAAUCAGAAGCGGCGAGAUUCGAUAAAAUAAUCGAUAUAACCAGUGCGGUGAACGACAAACUCGAAAUCGUUACCAAACUACGAAACGACAUCAAAAUAUACAAAACUGUCAACACUAUCUUGACGAACCAUUACAUAAAAGAAACUAAAAAUCAUGAAAACUCUAUGGAUGGCAAAAUUAUGAAACUCGAAACUCAAAUUAAAGAAUCUUAUGAUGAAUUGAAGAAUAUUAUUAAUAACAAGAUGGGAGAAAUAAAAGCUGGAAAUGAUAAUGUGUUUAUAGUUGGGAAUGAUAUGAGGUGUAAGAGUUAUAAUCAGUUUUAUGUUAGAAAUGAGAUUUAUAACAGCAUUAUUAAGAAGAUUGACAAACUGUUUUGCGGUAUGGCAUACCAGGAUAGGAUAAAAGAAGAGGAACAGAAAGAGGCAGAAACAGCGCGUUUGGAAGAGAUUCUCAACAUGUGCGCAGAGUACGAGAGGCAGAUCGCAUCAGGUUUACCGAUAACUCCCACAGAAAAGCGGCCUCACAACAAAAUCAUCACAAAUGGCUCCCUCCCUAGAAGCGUCGCCAUGAAUAACCCGAACUUUGUGCAAACCAGCGACGGCUAUUACAAAUUCGAAACUAGUCACAACAAGAACAUGUCCCAGUCUCUACCUCCCCAAAGAAACGUGUCCAGCUACGAAAACAUAGAGCCACUGACGCCAGACACCAUAGAGCAUAGAGGACGCAUGGACGAAAUCGGUAUACCGGUAUUUGAAGACGAAUUGUCCAGCCCUGUGCUUAUUAGGAAGCUGGAUAAAGUUAAUUCACCUAUAGGUAGUCCAUACGAAAACGUCUACUACAACCGAGGUAACCUCAAGCCAAAAUCGCCCAAUUCCCAAAGCCCUAGAACGAGGAUAAAGACGACAUUCGCUCACAAAAACCCCAUCCCUUCCCCUCAAUACUUCAUAUUCCCCACCCCACCACCUGUAGAUAAUACUAAAAAACCUAACUUUAAUAUUCCUAAUGAAAAUAAAGAACGCACAACAACACAAAAAGAAAACACUGAGAAAUUCUCUGGCAUUGAAAAACAAUUAAGUUUAGAAGAAGAUAUACCAAUGAUAGACGAUGCUGAUAUCACUAAUGAUAUUGAACAACGACAUUCAACUAUAGUUACAGAAAAAGAUGAUUUACAACGAUUAAACUCAAAUUCUGAAUCUGACGAAGUUUUCGUAAAUGAAAACACGUUAACAAAGAACCAAAGUUUCGAUGAUGUAAAAAAAGAACUAAUGGCUGACAUACCAGAGUUAGAAGAAUUCGAGAAAGAUCUAGAACAGAAUAAGAGGGAGAAGAUGAUGAAACAGAUACAGGAUGGAUUGAAACAGAUAGAUAUUGAAGCUGACUCUAUUGACAGUAAUUUGGAUGUUAAUAUGUCUGAUCUGAAAAGCAAAUGUGACAGUCUCAAAGAAGAGAGGAAGAAGUUAGUUGCAAAAAUACAUGAAUUGAAAUGUAAGAUGUCUGAAAUAAGGUCGCAGGAAGAUGACAUUUUGAGAGAGCUCGAAAUGGAGAAAGCCCUAAUAAAAGGCGAAUACGACUCAGAGAUCGCGAUAUUAAACAUAGAACAGAGGAAGAAGAUGGAGCUAGCGGAGAACGCGAAGAAGAUAGAAGAAGAUAUUAAGCAGUUAAAGGAGAAACAGGAGGCGCGGCAGAAGGAGCUGAAAGAGAGAGUCGAUAUUGCUACUAUGAAGGUUGAGUGGAUAAAGAAGGACCUAGACAACGGAGCGACGGUGGAAGAGCUUCAAAACGCGCAGGACAUUUUGGACAACGAGACAAAGAUAUUCGAAGACCUGGAGUUCCAGCAUUUGGAAGAGGAGUCAGAAUUACUAGCGAACCGCGAGGACUUACAAAACGAAAUAAUUCAACUAACAAAGAAAAUAGAAGCGCAAAAAACAAGAAUACUGACACUCAAAUCCGAAGCCAACAGCAACUUAACUUCAGCCUUAGACGAAACUAAAAUACUACAAGCAGAAUAUGUAAGACUACUUAACGAAGUAGAAGAGUUGACUGGUAAAGUACAAACUGUAGAAAAAGAAUUAAAACCUAUGGUAGCUAAAUUGAAUGAACUAGAAAGAACACAAUCACCAGAUAGCGCUUUCUACACAGACCAAACCAGAGCUAAAUCUGGAGAGUUCGGAUAUUCUCCACAAAGUAGUGACAGCGACGAUCUAGACGUAAAAGUCACCCAGUUCGAAGAACACACUAACAUACUAAAAGAUAAAUUUAACUCCAUCGAUCAAAUGUCACAAUCCAUGAUUGUAGACAUCGAAAGACGAGUUUGCGAUGAAGACAGCGAAAGUCCAUCUAAGUCCUCAACUUCUAAAGAGAAGAAAGGAUUUUGGGAACGGAACUUCGAUUCGUUGAAAAGGAAAAGUAAAAAGAAAGAUAAAGACAUAAUGUCGCAGAGUUUGAACGAGAACAUGUUUUACAAUAAUGAUACUAUUGAAAAUGAUGUUGCUCUAGAUAGGUUUAAUAGUUUAAGACAUUCCAAAGGCAAGAAUGGUCCAGUUAAAAGCGCGUCUUCGUCUAAAAUCCCGACGUUUGCCGCUUUAGGUAAAAUUAUCAAAAAAGACUCAUUCAAGAAAUCUAAAGAAGUAAAAGUCGAAAUUAAAGAUGAAGAACCUAAGAACAGAUACGUUAAAAACGCUAAACCCAGUUUUGACAAUAAGUAUAAAGCUAAGUCUUUAUCGCCUGACAAGUUAAUGAAAGAAGAUGAUAUUAAAGAAGAAGAUGAAGAGCAGAAAACAGAAGAUAAGAAUAAUAAAGUUUUACAUAGAAAGAGUUGUGGGGACGAGCCUAGCGUGAGAGAGUUUAGCAGAAUAUCGGAGUCCGGUAAAGUACCGUCGCAGGACGAUAUAGAUAGGAUAUCGAAGGUUACUAUGGAUGCUCCCAUAUUGUCCAGUGAUACUGAUAUGAACUCUUUGGGGAAGAGAACGUUGGAUAGUCUGAUGGAGAUUGAGAGGAAAAGGAUGGAGAUGUUGGAAGAACAAGGCUGCCAAGUAAUAGAAAACGAGCGAGAGAAGAUCUCAGAACUGAAGCGCCGCGUGCAAGACGAGACCAAGAAGCUAUGGGACCAGCGCACGCGCAACGAACAGUCCAAGUCUUUCGACAGCGACUGCCACAGCGUGGAAGUUGACCACACGACUGCCAUGGACGACAGUUACAACAUCACCAACGUGUUUGACGAGAGUUCCGGAUUUAUGUCGUCAUCCAUUGAAGAGCUCCAAGUAAGAAACUCUCGCGCCGAGUCUACAGAGGAUGAGAAACGCAGCGAUGACAGCCGACCGCUCAGCCUCGCGUCCGACUUUAGCCGAGACAACAUUUUACCACUCCAAAGCGGUCCUCGUCGUAACCGGCGCUGCGUGGCGCCAUACAGCGCUUCACAGCGCCCCCUCACCCGCUACCUGCCCGUGGACCGAGAGGACUUCGACCUGCGGCGCCAUGUUGAAUCCGCGGGUCACCAGAUCGAGCUGUGCCCCCACGUGACAGUGACGGCCAGCGCGUGCCGCGGCUACCUACAUAAACUCGGUGCAAAGUUCCAUACGUGGUCAAAAAGGUGGUUUGUCUUCGAUCGGGAAUCGAAGACUUUUGUAUACUACUGGGAUAAAAGCGAGAGAAAACCGCGGGGCGGCGCUUACUUCCAGGUAAUAGAAGAAGUAUACCUAGACCACGGCAACACGUCAAAAUCCCCUAACCCGCAGACUACCUUCAUCGUGAAGACGCGUCAACGGCGCUACUACCUCAUGGCGCCCUCUGGCGAAGCGGCCAGGAUCUGGAUAGACGUCGUUUUCACGGGCGCGCAGGGAUAUACCGACUAUCUUGACUGAGGUGUUUACUUUAGAUGAAGUUUAAUUACAAAAUGUCUCGUGUACUUUAACCUUUUGACCACUACACACAUACAGCCAUGUGCGACGAUGGUUAACAAGCUACUACCUCAUGGCGCCGUCUGGCGAAGCGGCUAGGAUCUAGAUAGACGUGGUCUUCACCGGCGCGCAGGGCUAUACCGACUAUCCUGACUGAGGUUUUUACUUUAAAUCUGAGGUUUUUUAGAGAGAGGGGGCCGCCCGUGGGACAAGUGGACAAUAAAUAGUUCAGUAAUCUGUGAUGUGUCCGCUUUUAGGCAAUAAGGGAGACGUGGUUAAAAAAAAUUGGGAACCCUGCUUUACUUAUAUUUACGAUAUAUUUGAUAGCGACUGUAGACAAAGCUGUUGUCACCCGGAAAAAUAUCUCGUAUUAUAUACUGCUUGACCACAACACACAUACAGCCAUGUGCGACGAUGGUUAAUUAACAAUGUUAUUGACAUUAUUAUGUUCUUAAGAAACAAAAAUCAUGCAGAUAUUUAAAGUUUUAGAUAGGAAUGAGACAUUUUGGUCUGAACUUUGACUUUUAGCAGGAUUUUUAUGAGACUUUAAGGGACGUUUUAGACAAUGAUGUUACAUUUUGGUCUGAACAUUGUGAAAAUUGAGUUAAACACAUUGUUUGUAAAGCGUGUUUUUGUCGAAAUUUUAGGUAUUUUUAGUCUCAGUAUGGACACUUUUGAGCCAUCAGACAUCUUAAGUGGUAAGCAUGAAUUGUGGAUCAGUCAUUUUCGUCUGAUAAUAUUUGUAGAUCCGUUUUGAGUCCGGACUUUUUGGUCUAAAAUGUCACAGAUAUUUCAAAUUGAAGACAUUUCGGUUGAAAUAGUUAUCUUGGUUUUUCUUAGUUUAAAAAAAACGGGCAGAUGAAAGGAGUACUGAAACCAGUUAUUGUAUGUGGAUAUACUUAACAAAUAAGUAAAUUAUAUUAUCACACUAAAAUCAAGCCUAAUAAAGUACAUAUUUAACUGUUUGCUUUGACUUUAACCACGCAUGAAAAAAAAAAACUUAAGAAUCGGAUCAUAUAUCUACAUAUGUAUAUAUCAAUUUUUCAAUUGUGUGUUUUUAUAUCGAAUAUAAUAGAAUUCGCGAAUAGAAAAAUCACAGUAUUUUUAGUACAUAAAAUAUACAUAAUUCGAUAUGAAAUAAAAUUAUCAUUAGGUAUUACUUACCUGUAUGACAAUAAGAUCCCUGUGCCAAGCUUUGUAUGAUAAACGUAUUUUACACGGCAGCUUUAUACCAAGGUAGUUUUUAGAAACUAAAUAGUACUGUCACACAUAUAAAUGUAAGGAAAUAUACUAAAAUAAAUACUAAUUCAUUAGUAGUCGCAUUCAGUAUAGGAGCUGUCAAAAAUCGGAAUCGAAACGCGCACUCUGACGUCUUGUUUCGACAUUUGUGAGAACUUAUGACAGCUCCGAUAUAUUUGAUGUCGACUGUUGACUGAGCUUAUUAUCUGAAAUAUAUCUCGUGUACAACUUUUAACCUUUUACCCACUACAAAAAUACACCUGUGUGUCGAUGGUUAAAAGAUGUUUAGGUAACACAAUCAAAGUGAACGACGAUUAUUCUUGUCAAAUAUAACAUAACACUUUCGAGAUUUAGAACACAUGAGGUUUUAUAAGUUACUCUAUAGCGAGAACGUGACGAACGAACAUUCGUUAUGGAGAAAGAAAACAGCGCCACCAAACAGUUACUGACUAAAAUAAAAAUUACCAUACGUUUUCCAUUACAUAACGCUAUUGACUAAUGAAUUGAAAACUCAUAGUUGCUAAUCUUACAUUUUCUUGUGUGACAAUACGUUUACAAGUUUCUAUUUCUUAUCUAGUGCCUUGCAAGAGACUGAACAAGAAAUCUGUGUUAAUGUACAAUUGUAUUAAAAUGUACCUUAAUUAUACAGUCGAGUUAAAUGCCAAUUUCGUGUGCUCACAUUUAGUUUAAGAUUUUCAAAUGUACUUUAAGAGUGUUUGAAAUACAUUAAGAUCUAAUUUAGAAGUACAGUUAUAUAAUUAAUUAAUACCAUUGUGUUAUGAAUUUGUAAAUGGUAAAUAUUCGACUAUAUCAGUAGUUUACCACAAGACGUAUUUCUCGUACGGGCAUUUUGCGAACGAAAUGUAUGAUAUCAAAAUGUCGUUUUCUUUAAACCGUUUUUUGCCAAGAGUGGCACUGAAACUAGAGCAGUGGUAUGUGCUCUGCCUACCCCGUUUGAGAAUACAGACGUGAGGUUAAGUGGUUGGUACAAGUGAUAAUUUGUACGCCGGGACUUAGGUACUCAUAAUGUCAUACUUGUGGUAAAGCUACUGAUGAUUUACAUUAAAAAAAAAUUGGAAAUCUAAAGGUGUUUUUGAGGGAAACUGUAAAAAACACCUUAAACACCAAUACAUUAAAGUUCAUAUUCGCAUUACCGAAGAACUAACUUAUUUUUUAUAAGCACGCUUAUAUACCUAAUGUUAUAAUAACGUUACCAUAGCUAUAUAUUAUGUAUAAAUGGCAACUUUACAUUGCCAAACGCAUGUAUGUGUUAACUUUGUAAUGUUUUUAAAAAAAAAUAUAAGUAACCCUUUCAACAAUAUUUUGCCAUACACAAAAAAUUCAUAUGCCAAAAUUUUAGAUGAAAUAUAUUUAGUUAAUUAUUGGCUUGAAACUUUUUGCUGCAUUAGUGUUGCAUUGUGAAAAAAAAAAACUACAUUUAAAACCAACAUAAUAAAACCUGUACAGGAGAAUAGUCAAAUUGAUUUGUGAAACAUUUUUCCUAAACUGAAGCGAAGACACUUUGAUUCGCUUGGUCAAUGAAAACUAAAUGUAAAACUAAAACAAUAUACUGAUAUUUGGUGUACAGUCGACUACAAAGAGAUGUAUCCACUUUUUCACCAAAUUACAAUGAAAUACAAUGAAAUAACAACAUAUUACAGUGAAAAAGUAGAUACAUCUCUUUGUAGUCGACUAUACGUAGCCGUUGAAAGGGUUAAAAUAUGCGUUACAGUACGUGAUGUUACUUUAUCGUACUACUGCGCAAAUUAGUACUUUUUGUGCCUAUGUCGAACUUAGGGUCAUAUAUACUGUAAAACGUACAAUACACGUGCGAAGAGGAAAUUCAAACUCGCGUCGAUUUAAAACACUAUUUUCUGUACAGAUGGUGUAUUUUUUUGGCAUUAGUGCGAGAAGUAGUUCAUUAUAUGCCAGGUCGAAACUUCGGAUGGCCAUCUGUAAUGAAAAACGUCGUACGAUACACAUGCGAAAAAAAUAGAAACGAGUGGCGAUAAAUGAAAACACGACCGAAGGAUCCUUUUUUCGCACUUGUAUCGUAAUGUACUAUUUCAGGCGUGUUUUAAUUUAUCGCGAUUUUAUUAAUUUCCUCUUUUGCACUUGUAUCGUAAUGAACUAGUUACAACACAGGCCUUGUUAUAUACCAUCUUGAGAGUGUAAAAAUGAUAGUGUAUACAUAUAAAUGGAAUGCAAUUGUGUGAUUUGUUUGUACAAUGAAAUGGCUGAAACCAAGUAUUUAGAAUAAGGUCACAUUAUUAUUAACCGAGCAAGUAAAUAAAGCAUUUACAGAA